AUAUUUGUCUUCUGCCAACAGUCUCCAUUUGGUGCUAAUGAACACUACCUGUUAAUGCCAGAGGUGAAGAUUCCAAUAGUUGUAUAUGGAGAAGAACCUUCUUCUAUUAUUGCUCAUGCUCUGGCCUCUCAAGAGUAUGACAAACAACUGACAGCACUCAAGAAGAGGCUUAAAGAAAUUCAAAAAGAAGGUGCAGUAAUUAGUAGGUCUGGAGAUAAAGAGUCUGUACUACCAGCAGAUGGAGUCACUGAAAACUUAAAUACUGAAGAUUCUGAAUUCAGCAUAUCUACAGCCACUGCUGAUUCAGAGAAAAAUAAAAUGACUAAGGAUCUCCACAUAGAACUUCAGUGGAAUGACCAACAUGCAAAGUUCUAUUGUAAGAUAUUCUUUGCUGAGCACUUUCGACAGCUUCGCAAGAUGGUAUUUCCUUUUGGAGAUGAAUUUUACAUACGCUCUCUUUCCCGGUGUGUUCUCUGGGAAGCACGCGGUGGUAAAUCUGGAUCUGUCUUCUGUAAAUCACAUG